AUCACUAGCAGCUCGUGUGUCCGGCUCUCGCUAUAUAAGGUAGGACAGCCACACCCCAGCUCGCUCCACAAGUAGCCUCCCUUCAUCUCCAUUCCUGAGAUCAUCACUGGUGGAAGAAAGAAUCAAGCAAGCUCGCAAUGGAGCUCUCUCGCAAGCUCUUCUCGGCCGUCCUCCUCGUCCUGCUGCUGCUCGUGGCCACAGAGGUCGGAGGUCCGGUGGGCGUGGCGGAGGCGCGUACGUGCCUGUCGCAGAGCCACAAGUUCCGGGGACCCUGCGUGCGCAGGGCCAACUGCGCCAACGUCUGCAGGACCGAGGGCUUCCCGGACGGCAAGUGCCGGGGCUUACGCCGCCGCUGCUUCUGCACCACGCACUGCCGUGAGUGAGCUAGCUGGCUGCCGCCCGUGCGUGCCCGGCGCGAGAUGCAUGAUGGCCGGGCCAUGCAUAUGGCUAGCUCACUAGCUGCCGCCGCCCUUUUCCAACCCUCGUGUCACCAGGCGCAGUUCAUGAAUAAAGAGCGUGUGUGUUUUGGACUUUUGGCUAGUCCUGGUGUAAGAAAUCCAUCGUCUCGUUAAUCCAGCUAGCCCGGCCUUCUGAUUUGUUCUGCCGGUGUCAGCGUGUCUGUGUGUCUUAUUUACCUUUGUUCAACAAGGUUUAUAUCGGUCCUCGGUGUGUUAAGAUCUAAUAAAGGAUUCAAAGGUUCGAAUCAUCCCAA